AGCGAUGUUUACAAUCCGGACGUUGGACGGCUAAUGCUGUGAUGCUAAGUAUCGAGAGUGAAAGCUGCCUUCACGUCGCACAUUACAUUUACUUAGCUGAACUCAAAUGGCGUCUCAGAUCCCCAUCACGGUCCGAGCCCCGCCGACAGCCGCCAGCUCUGCCGCUAACCGGGGGAAGAAACGUCCCGGUAGUCCGGCGGUUUGUGCCGCCGGUCAGCAGGUCACCGGGAGCAGCGGUGGUAAGAAGAAGAAAGGGCAGCUGACAGCGACACCAACAACUACACAGACACAGGUAAUAGCAGUGGAGUCGGUGGCUGAGGUAAAAGCAGUGGGAACAGUUGACAGCGGUGCAGCUGUCGUCACAGAGUCCACAGUAAAACCUCCACCAUUCAAAGACCCCACGUUUAUGCAUUCUGGGAUCGGAGGAGCAGCAGCGGGUAAAAAGAACAGGACCUGGAAGAACCUCAAACAGAUUCUGGCUUUGGAACGGACGUUACCCUGGAAGCUCAACGAUCCCAACUACUACAACAUUGACGCCCCUCCCUCUUUGAAGCCAACCAAGAAAUACUCUGACAUCUCCGGACUCCCUGCGAACUACACAGACCCUCAGACAAAACUACGCUUCACGUCCUCUGAGGAGUUCUCCUACAUCCGCCUCCUCCCCACUGAUGUUGUUACCGGCUACUUAGCCCUUCGAAAGGCAACUUGCAUCGUACCCUGACAGCUGAGUGAGACUUGAAACCUGAGACAGUUUCAAUCCAGAACUGACCUGGUGUUGGUGUAUGAAGCUGUUGGGCUGGUCAGGAGAUUCUGAGAGCACGGGGUGCUCACAGAGAGGACGCAAAGUGAUGACCUCUGACAGACUGCUGGAGCUCACAGACUGGACACUGCUAAACAUUUGCACUGCUGUUUUUAAGAAGGCAGUCAGAGUCGUAACUGUUACUGUGUGACAGAAUAAAUGCAACAAAUGUGGAUUUUUUUAUCAUUUGGAAAAAGUAAAAAAAAACAACAAAACUACUGAGUGAUUGUUUCUUUUAUUUGUGAGACAUGUUUGUUGUUAAUAGCUGGAAAUUAUCACUUUAUCUGAGAAUGGACAAAACAAGUUUAAUUCUGUAAGAGAAGAGAAAGUGUAAAGAAUUCAUCCGAAAGUCAGCAAUAGAAUUUAAUUGCUUAUUCAAAUAAAUUUCUGCAACUCAA